CGAUGUCCUCGACAGAAAACACCUCGCCUCCCAUGGCAGACCGGGCCAACUCGACGGCUACCCCUCCGUCGCCCGACAGAAAUAAGAAGAAGCGCAUCAGGAACUGGACCGCGGACGAUCGCGCAGCCCAUCGAGUAUUUGAGCGGUCCCGACGAGAGGCGUUCAAGGAACGACUGACGUUACUCGCCGGCCUCAUACCAUCGCUUCGAUCCACGGACCCCAAUCGCCUGUCCAAACACGUCGUCAUUGAUCAGAGCGUCGCGCUGCACAAGGCUGAGCAGCAGCAAAUUGCCGAAUCCCUCGAUAAGAUUAAUCGUCUUGUGGCCGAGCGCGAUCAUCUCCUCUCCGAAUUGAAUACAUGGCGUCUCAACGCUGGACUUGAGGCUCUUCAACCUCGAGUUACAGAGGAUGAUCCUGAAGCCACCUCGAUUCCAGUACUAGACGAGGCCGGAGUCUCGAUAUUAGGCCCCGGCGUUCCAUCCAUAGAUGCCAACAAUGAGCACCAAGCAGCCGGCAGUGGACAGAUCUUCCUGGAUGAGCCGUCGUCGUAUGUGGCUACAGAGCAGCAUCCUCUACCAGUUGAACCACCCCUGGCUCCGGCAGCCGAGCCGAACGUCGCGUCGACUUCGUUGAGCAUGGACAUCCCGUGGAUGUCAAACGAGAUGGACUUUAACAUGCCUAAUUCACUCGCUCUGACCACCGAUUACAACGCUGCCGCCCCUCCGAAAUCGCCAGCUUACACACAUUUGCCACUGCAGUAUGACAUGGCAACCACCAACCUCGACGAUGAGGCACUACGGUUCAACUCAACGGUUAUGCAUAUGGCUGAUCCGUCGACCUUUCACAACAACAAUUAUGUCUAUACUGGCUGA